AACAGAAAAAUGGAGGGGUUGACUUUUUGGUAUUUGACAUUUCAUUUAGGUUCCCCAUUAGCUGUCGAAAAAGCAGCAACUCUUCCUGGGGUCCACAGAUGGCCUACACACCAGCUCAAAACUUGUAGUUGUUGUGUGGUGGUUAGUUAGUGAUUUGAUUUGUUUCUGCAGCCACUCAGGUACUCUUUGUAGUCGCAUCAGUUCACAAUGUCAGGGCUUGGUAUCUCAGUUUGUUGUAAUAGCUGGGAGAUAAAGUCAAGAAAAGACUAGACCUUAGCUGUUAUCUGGGACGUGUGCUAUCGCUUCCUCGUGGGCUAGUUGUGGGAACCAAGGCAGACAGACACACCUCAGGGAUAAGUGAAACUCAACUACUCACAGUUUCCAUGGAUAAGCGUGGUGACUCAAUUCACUGGUGCUUUGACUUCUAAGGCGGCCUUGAUUACCUUGUUGUCAUGCCUUGGGUUGCUGUUCUCCAAUAGUCUGGAACUCACAGUGAGACAAUUGUGGUCUGUGUACGUCUGUGAGUCAAAGCUGUGCCUUGAGAGAGACUGUGAGCUGAGUUGACACACCCCCGUCUGCAUGUUGUGGCAUCUCGUGGGGGAGGUGGCAGAAAAAGGAGAGAAAGAGUGUCAUCUGAUUCCUACUUUCGUUUUGAGUUCCCUCCCUUCCGGGACCCAACCCUUUCAGGGUGGAAGUUCACAUUCGGAGGCUUUUCUGCUUUUCUAAUUGGUCGAUCUGCUGUAGAUUAUGUCAACUUCCUGUUUCCUGAACAUGCGCCUCCCGGCUCGAUCCUAGUUGCUUUUGUGUAGAGGCUCUUUGGCAUGCCAACACUAUUACUCUUACACACUCGCACACAUACUCCGCCUGUAGACGCUACUUUGCGGUGGAGCACAAUGAUCUCACACGCACCUCUUUUUGCUCAUACUUGCUCAACUUCUGGCGGUUUGUUUAGACAGACUUGAGUUGUAGGGCAGCUUGUAAUAAGAAAGGGAGAAGGCGAUCCCUUAAGUCGGUCAGCUUUUUUUCUUUGUCCGGUUUGUUUUUGGUGAGUAGUUUUUCCUGUUGCUGGUCUCUAGGGAUUCUUCAAAACGGGCUGUUAAUUAGAAGCCGCCCUGCUUCUUCCCUCAGCCCCAGCACCCCUCUAGCACCAGAGAUAUGGCAGCACCUCACCCCACUCGUGGGGUCUCUCACUCGGGCUUAAACCGACGAGGACGGGGGUCCUCUGGUUCAGGGACUUCCAGGGGGCCAGAUAGUCCCUCUCGACAGGCCCAGACAGACACAGAUCUGCUGGAGCAGAUCCUGAAGAGGCCCACCCUGGCUGUGGUGGAGCAGCCCAAAGAGAGAGGCAUGAGAUUCCGUUAUGAGUGUGAGGGCCGCUCGGCCGGGAGCAUCCUAGGGGCCUCCAGUGGAGACUCCACCAAGACCCUGCCUGCUAUAGAGCUCCAGGGUCCCAUUCAGAACAUAAAAAAAGUGAUGGUCACUGUUUCCCUGGUGACCAAAGACUACCCGUACCGCCCACACCCCCACUGCCUUGUGGGUAAAGACUGUGCUGACGGUACCGGAAUCUGUGUCAUCUGCUUAAACCCUCACAGCAACCGACGUCACAGUUUCGCUAACCUGGGCAUCCAGUGUGUCAGGCGGAAGGAGCUGGAUGCCUCACUCGAGAAGAGACGGAAUCAGAAGAUCGACCCCUUUAAAACGGGCCACUCUAAAAGCAUUGAGGACAUGGACAUGAAUGUGGUGCGGCUGUGUUUCCAGUGUGAGCUGGAGUGGGAGGAUGGAAAUAAGGACUUCCUGAACCCCAUAGUGUCCAACCCCGUCUAUGACAAGAAGGCGACCACCACAUCUGAGUUGAAGAUCAACCGUCUGAACAUUGUUAAAGGGCCAUGCACCGGCAAGACUGAGAUCUACAUGCUCUGCGACAAAGUCCAGAAAGAUGACAUAGAGAUCAUCUUCAAGAGGGGGUCUUGGGAGGCCAAGGCGGAGUUUGCCCAGACGGACGUCCACCGGCAGAUCGCUAUCGUGUUCAAGACCCCGUCCUACCAGGAACAGGACGUGGGGGAGGAAGUGGAAGUAAAUGUCCUCCUGCGUCGUCUCUCGGACCACAUGGACAGUGACCCCGUCACGUUUACCUACCAGCCCAACAACACAGAUCCAUAUGAAGUGAAGCGGAAGAGGAAGAUAAAGUCGGACAUCGGCUUCACAGAGAGGUCCUGUGUGGCAGUUCAAAAUGUGGCUGCAGCAGGAGCCUCCACCUCUCAGCCAUUCGAGCCGUUCACCUUCCCCCCAGCAGAGAGCCAGCUGGUCCCAGAAGAGUUGCAUCCUCCUGCCCAGUCUGGGGCCUCCACCAUGGGGGAGAUCCACUACAAUGACCUCCAGGAGGACAACUUCUUCAAUGAGGACAUGAGCCCAGACGACAUCAGUAUGCUCUCUCGAAUUCUGUUCAGUGACCCUGCCCUCCUUGGCUUUGGCCAGGAGCUCAACUCCAACUUCACCCCAGGCGUCAUGGACAUGAACUUUAACUUCAACCAGGGUGGGUCUGGGCAGGACUUGGGCUACUAUAACGACCUGCAGUUCAACCAGCUGGUCAACGAGAAUCAGGCCUCUCCGAUGGACCUCCUCCCAAUGUUACUCCGCGGCUCCGCCCCUCAGGACCAGGGCCAGUGUGAUAACGAGGGGUGUGAUUUGGUCCAGGUAAAGACAGAGGGGGACCUAUGAGGACAAAACGUAACCCCUUAAGACUGAAUGUGGUGCGAAUGUAGCCCCUGAACGUUAAGGGGCUUUUGCUGUGUUGCUCCUCAAACCAGAAGUGUAGGGUGUGUAAAGUCCUAACUGUGCCCUGUGACAGUCAUCUCACCCAAAUAAAGUACAGUAUGAGAGUUUGAACACACACAGGUAAUAGCAGUAGCGGAAGCACCUUGUACCUUAACGUUGUGGUUACCCCUUGCCCCCAAAGGCCUCGCUGGAUGAGGCUAUAAUCCAGACCCCUGCCCCCCCUUCCCACACACGACCACUACCAGACCCUAAAAGGAUACGUUUCAAAAUGUCUGCCCGGACCCAAGUCUCUGAGUGUACUGUGCUGCCUUCACCAUGCUGCUAACGUUAGCCUAAGGCUAAUAGCUGUGAUCAGCACAGCACUCACGGAAGACAUGUAGCUUUAGCUCCUCCGGGGGACCAGAGUGAUACUGGUGGAGGCGAGUUGCCCUUCCACUAGGCUAACCAUGGGUGUUAAGAACGAUUCCUACCUACCCAUUGUCAUUACUACCUGUGGUGACCAAAUACAAAACGGGCACACAAACUCAACCCUUGUCUGCCAUGUCAGUUUUCCUUGUCAGGCUCCGUCCUCACUGUGUAUAUAUUGUGACUGAGGCAGACUACCACCAGGACCCGCAGGAGAUCCCUGAUUUUGAGGGUUCAACUGAAGGGAAAGCACAACAAAAGGGCUCGAUUCAAUCCGUAUCGCGGAUGUUCAGCGCUAUAGCGCGAUUGAAAUUUCAAGGUCAUUUCCAAUUGAGCCGACACAUGCACCAUUUACCAGGAAAGCAGUCUCUGCGAAUGCGGCAUACUUUGCCGUUACAUUUUAAUCGCACUGUAGCAAGGAUCUUCAGCACUACACAUUGAAUCGAGCCCUAAGCAUUUAAUUGUUGGCGCAAGACAACCUGAAAACUAACCCUCUGUGGAGAAAUUGUUAAAUAAAAAGGGACCAACCACAAAUGCUGUUUUAUUUUUCACUUUCCAUAUGUGAUAUAUUCUUUGGUGUAUAGUCAAAGUUGUAUCGUCAAAAGUUCCUUUCUUUUGACUGGUAUCUGUAGUUUUUGAAUGUUGACAUUAGUUUUAACCUCUGGCUCACCUGUUGACUCUGUUCAUUGUAAUAACCAAUCUCCAUGUACAGUAGAAACGACCAUAGUCCAAUGCGCUGUCCAUCUGUUCCUAGUUUUAAACAUGUUCAGAUUAUGUUCUGUGUAUGUUCAGAUUCCCAGCUUCAUUGUACACUGUAUGCCAGACUCCACCCUUCACACUGUAGUGUUUUGAUUUUUGUCAUUUAGUAUUUCAAAAAAUAAAAUGAUUCCAAGUCUUCAUCUUAAA